AUGGCGGCCAGGAGGGCACUGCAUGCAGGAAGAAGAGGAAGCCAGGCACGCCCCUCGGCCAAUGCAGCAGCCACAGGCCCAGACCUGCCACGCCGCCCUCGCUGGAGCCCACGAGACCUGCUGGACCGGCAUGGGCUUGAGAGCAGCACCUUCCUGCGCCGCCGCCCCGGUCUCUGCCCGCUGCCGCUGGAGCUGCUGUUGCUGCUGCUACUCAGCCUCGGGCUGCUCCACGCAGGUGACUGCCAACAGCCAACCCAAUGUCGAAUUCAGAAAUGUACCACAGACUUUGUGUCCCUAAUUUCCCACCCGAACUCUGCCAUUGACAGCUUUGACUCUGAGUUUUGCAAGGCCCUGCGUGCCUAUGCUGGCUGCACCCAGCAAACUUCAAAAGCCUGCGGUGGCAACCUGGUAUACCAUUCUGCUGUGUUGGGUAUCAGUGACCUCAUAAGCCAGAGGAAUUGUUCCAAGGAUGGACCCACAUCCUCUACCAACCCCGAAGUGACCCAUGAUCCUUGCAACUAUCAUAGCCAUGCUAGAGUCAGGGAACACAGGAGGGGGGACCAGAACCCUCCCAAUUACCUUUUUCGUGGCUUAUUUGGAGAGCCUCACCUCAGAACUUUCAAGGAUCACUUCCAGACAAGCAAAGUGGAAGGGGCCUGGCCACUCAUAGUAAUUAUCUUUCAGUUCAAGUGACAAAUGUGCCUGUGGUCCCGGGAUCCAGUGCUACUGUACAAAUAAGGCAAGAAUACAUUCUUUUUCCCUCUCCCCACUCAAUUUGCAGAUGUUUGAUUCAUCAGAUAACUUUCGAAAUG